AUGCGAGUCUUUGUAUCAAACCUCGACUCGCCACUAGGCCACAAUGUUUCUCGUCUUCUCUCAAACACUAUCGUCGGAAGCAGAGGCUCUGGUGGCGAACGAGAAGGAGGUGACGAUCAGGACAACGCAAAUGCUGACAAUGAUGACGGAUCUCCCUCCACCCAAGAUACCAAACCUGUCAAAGAAUCAUACUCGAUUGUUGGUACAUUAAUGCCAGCACUGGCUACUGCUGAUGCUAUAGACAACCCCCCUACUCAACCGGGCCAGAUGAUCUAUACCGGCGAUCGCAAAAAGGAUGCCGCCAGGAAGGUCGCUAUUGACAAGUUUGCUGUGAGGGGUAGUACGCCAAAAUGGGCAAACCAAGUCGUAGAGAGUUCUGAUAAGGCAGCCUUACAGGACUUGAUUCUCAGUUCAGAUGUAAUCAUAUACGAUCUACUACAAAAUGUGGAAGAGGCUGAAUGGGCUAUUGAAUUAUUGAAUGAAAGGGCCGAAUCGUUCGCUGAUAAACCAAAGAUAUUUAUUGGAGUAUCCACAAUCAUGACUUGGGCAAAGACAAAGGGUGAUCCUGAAGAACCAGAAGCAUUCAUCACUGAAGAAGAAUACAGGCGCCGUAAAUCACAUCCAAACUUCAAGACUCAUAACGCUGUCGAAAAAUCAAUCAUCAAAUAUGGAAAAAAGGCAUCCCUGAAAGCAUAUGUUGUUGGUGCUGGUUUGGUUUAUCAUGCUGGAGAGUCGAUAUUCCACUACAUUCUCAAGGCCUCAUGGCAAAACGCAUCAGAAAUUCCAUGUUAUGGUGACGGCACAAACAUUCUACCAACGAUUCAUUUGGACGAUCUUUGUAAUAUUGUGGUUGAAGUUGUGGAAACUACACCUGAUAUUCACUUUAUUCUGGCUAUUGAUGAUGCUAAGUCUACGCUUUAUGAUAUCACAAAGGCUAUAAGUGAUACAUUAGGAAAUGGCAAAGUAGUUAAAGUGCCCAAGGAACAAGCCUUGUUGCAACGAGAUGUCUCUCAGGCUGACUUUGAUAUGCUGUUGGCUAAUGUCCGUCUUGAGCCUGCUCGUGUUCGUGAGAUGAGCUUUGAAUGGGUUUCAGAGGCUGGAUUGGUUGAAAAUGUACACCAGCUCGUUGAUGAAUACCGAGAUGCUCGUGGUCUACAUCCACUAAAGGUGGUUGUUCAUGGUCCUCCAGCUGCAGGAAAGACUUCAUAUGCCAAGAAGAUUGCAGAACAGUAUGAAAUUCAUUAUGUUGAAGUGGAUGAGGUCGUCAAGGCCGCUAUUGAUCGUCUGGAACGACGAGCUGGUGCUAGUGCAACAGAAGAAGAAAGCGAAGAAGAUGUCGAAGCAGACAAGGAAUUACUCGCAGAACUGAAAUCUGCAGCUGCUGCUAAUGAUGGGAAAUAUCCUGAAGAUCGUGUGCAAUCCUUCCUUCGAGACAAGUUGUCUUCUCCACCGUGUCGAAACCAAGGGUUUGUUUUGGAUGGGUUUCCUACUACGACUGAUGAAGCUCAACAAUUGUUUAAGAAUGGUGGAGACGAUUCUGCAAACGAGCAAGAUAUGAUGCCAGAGUUCGUGAUUGCUUUGGAAGCAUCAGAUGAGUUUAUCAAGACUCGUGUCAUGAAUUUACCGGAGAGCGCUACUGCUGGUACCAAAAACUCUGAAGAAGCUCUGACACGUCGACUGGCUGAAUACCGAGCCCUAAACACUGAAGAAACCACCGUAUUGAACUUUUUCGAUGAGCAUGAAGUUCAUCCAUUAGUAGUCAAUGCCGAAACCGAUUCAGUGGAUGCAGUCAUGACUCCCAUCUUGACUCGGAUUGGUAAACCAAGGAAUUAUGGACCCACUACUGAAGAAUUGGCCCGCCGUCGUAUUGCUGCUGAGACUGCGAAGGCUGUUGAAGUCGCAAAACAAGAAUCAGAACGAUCUCAACGUGAAAAGGAAGAAGGGGAACGACAUCUCAAGUCCGUUGCUGACUGGAAUACACGUCUCGAGGAGAUCCGUAAACAAGAACAGGAAGUUCUAGAAGCUCAGUCAGUCCCAUUGCGAAACUAUUUAAUGAAGUACGUGAUGCCGACGCUGACGACUGGGCUUAUUGAAGUUUGUAAAGUACGACCAGAAGAUCCUAUUGAUUAUCUGGCCGAGUUCCUAUUCAAGCACAAUCCUUGA